CACUGAUAAUUUUUUCUGCUCUUGAUGUUGUUUAACUUUCUUUGGGUUGAUUGUUAAUUAUUUUAAUUUGUUUCUAUUUUUAUGGCGGUGACAAUUCACACCGAUUUGGGUGAUUUAAAGAUCGAACUGUUCUGUGACCUUUGCCCGAAAACAUGUGAGAAUUUUUUGGCCCUUUGUGCUUCUGAUUAUUACAAUAAUUGUCUUUUCCAUAGAAAUAUCAAAGGUUUCAUGGUUCAAACUGGUGACCCAACGAAUUCUGGUAAAGGAGGAACAUCUAUUUGGGGAGGAAAAUUUGAAGAUGAAUUAGUUGAUUCACUUACUCAUAAUGUUCGUGGAAUCGUUUCCAUGGCCAAUAGUGGACCGAAUUCAAAUGCAUCUCAAUUCUUUAUCACUUAUGAUAAACAAUCACAUCUCGAUAUGAAGUACACAAUAUUUGGAAAAGUAAUUGAUGGAUUUGAUACUUUAGAUGCAUUGGAAAAGAUUCCUGUUAAUAAUACGAAAAAAUAUCGACCCACAAUCGAGAUCAAGAUUAAAAGUGUCACAAUUCAUGCAAAUCCAUUAGCAGGUUAACAAUAACAAUUUUCCAUAUGAACAAAGUACAAAUCAAACUAAUUAAACAUCCAUAUCGUUCACAUGCAAAUAUCGGACAAUCAAAUUGAACAAUCAAACAGUUUCUUCAAUUAAUCUAUUCGCACAUUCAAAUUGAAAUGAACAAAGGUCCAAUGAUCAGCUGUAACUUUUUCCUCUUCUCAAUCAUCAAUAUAAACAAGUUCUUAAUCGUUAAUCAUCAACAUGAUAAUCCUGAACUUAAUUGAAUCUCUUUUCAUGAAUAAUUGCCUAUUGAAUUAAAUGAGGAGGUUAAUUCAUAGUCUUUAACAUGAAAUCAUCUCGAGGAUUAAGAAAUUACUCAAAUUUGAUUAAUUUGAUUGUUUUGAAAUGAAAACUUUCAAUUCAAUUUGGUCAAGAACAAAUAUUUAAUUAUUUAAAUUAUCAUCAUGUUGAUUUGAAUAAGUUGUUAAUAUUUUUUUUUUAUUCAUAUGACAAAUUACUUGUUAUAAAGUAAAUUUCUUGUUUCUGUUAAUUGUUAUAAA